AUGGCUUGGAGGCUGGAGAUCAUCUGGGGCCGGGACAGCCAGACUUUUGUUCCCUAUCCUGACCUGUCAGGCCCAAGACCUCAGGAAGCUGGUAUCUCUAAGUCCCUGGCAGCUGGCCGUUGUUCUUCCUCUUCUACCCAGAAGUGGAGGCUUCAGGGCAGGCUGGAUCCUUUCCGAGAAAUCUCAGACCUGCCUCUGACUUUCUUUCCUGUGUCCCAACCAGCCUCCCCCUGCCUGCUGACUCUGCUGCUGACACCAUUCACCCUGGGUGCCCCAAUCUCCCUGACUGACCCCAUCAACCAAGCCUAUAACUUGGCCCUUUACAUGCAGAAGAACACAUCGGUGCUGCUGCAGACCUACCUCCAGUACCAAGGCAGUCCCUUCAGCGACCCAGGCUUCUCAGCCCCUGAGCUCCAGCUGAGCAACCUACCCCCUGCAGCUGUCCCCUUCAUGUUGUGGCGAGGCCUGGGAGAUGGUGAGAGACUGCUCCAGGCCCGAGGUGCUUUCUCAGCCCUGGCCCAGCAUCUGCAGCUUGUGAGCGAUGACCAGGCUGACCUGAACCCCAGCAGUUCUGUGCUGCUGUCUCAGCUGGCAGCUGCUAGGCUCCGGGCCCAGGGCCUGAUGGGCAAUAUAGUGUCUGUCAUGACUGCCCUGGGGGUGUCCAUUCCUCCUGAAAUGGACUCGCUUGGCCCUGCACCCUUUGGAGCCUCUGCCUUUGAGAGGAAAUGUCGAGGUUAUGUGGUAACCCGGGAAUACGGACACUGGACAGACAGGGCUGUACGGGACAUGGCGCUGCUGAAGGCCAAAUAUGUGGUGUAG